AUGCAAUACCACUCUCUAAAACAACCUUCCAAACAAGUUGUGUUUUUGUAUCUCUCUUUGUUUGUUCGUCUGCCUCUAUCCAUUUCCAUUUGUAACUUCGCAGAAGAUGGAGCUGCGACCAGAGGCAUGUUUGUGUUUGGAAGCUCUCUGGUCGACAAUGGCAACAAUAACUUCUUUGAAAGCAGGGCUAAAGCCGAUUAUUUGCCAUAUGGUAUUGAUUUCCCGAACGGACCUUCUGGGAGAUUCACAAAUGGCAAAAAUGUCGUUGACCUUCUUGGUGACCAACUCAAGCUUCCUUCCUUCAUCCCACCUUCUAAAGACCCUUCAACCAAGGGAAGUAAAAUUGUUCAUGGCGUCAACCAUGCCUCUGGCUCUUCCGGUAUAUUAGAUGAUACCGGCUCAGUUGCGGGCAAUGUUAUCAAUUUGAGCCAGCAAAUUCGGGACUUUGAGGAGGAGACAUUGCCAGAGCUAGAAGCUGAGCUGGGGUGCAAAAGCUCUGAAUCACUUCCAAGCUACUUGUUUGUUGUCGGAGUUGGUGGGAACGAUUACAUGUUCAACUACUUCGCCAGGAGAUCCUACCUCCAACUUGGCCUUGAAGCCUUCACUAGACGUCUCAUGGCCUCUCUGGCUCAAAAACUCCAGGUAGGAAGGGGAAAUGGGUUGGUUCCUAUGGUUUCGAACUUGAAAUCACUGAUCAUAGGCUAA